UUCUGCUUUCGCGGCAUUUUAAUUCUAAAACGCCGUGUACAUAAUUGUCUUAUUGGCUAACUUAACAUAAAAUUAGAAAAAUGAUAUAAAACAUGUGUAAAAAAUCGAAAGAGACUACAGUCUUAUGCCACGUAGCAUUAAAGAAUAACAAUGCAAAGCAGCGAAUAAAGAUUAUUUUUCAGUUCUGUUCUUUCUAAAAAAAAGCCAAAAAUUUGACGUCAACAAAUUUUAGUAAGCUACAGUUUUUGAUAAGCACAAAGCAAUAAAACAUGAAAUUCAAUAACGAGAUACUGUACUUUCUUCUACUUUUCAUACAAUCGAAUCAUUUUUGUUUAUCAGAAAAACAAAAUGAUCACGAUAUUAAACGAACGGGGAACGAACUUCAUAAUACGAAAGAGAUGAACGUCUCUGAUUGCGAAUUAAUAAAUUUUUACAAGAAAUCGAGUAUUUUAGGCAAUAUUUUGGAAACUGUAAACGUUAACGAACUGCUUAUCAUAAUAGCAGAUGAUAUGAACGACGGGAUAAUAUUAGCCGAUUUUUUGAGUAACGGAACUAGAAUAAAACUUGCUACAGAAGAACUUUCUGAUAAUGAAGUAAUUCUAAACAAUGAAAUAUUGCAAAAUAUUUACUUCUACCAUACUAGUUCACAAAUGAAACACAUAUUUGUCUAUCCUAGAAACACUUCAAAUCCUUUAUUAACAACAUUAAUUACAAGCCAGAUCAUAAAUUCGGCCAAUCUCUUAAAAGUUGCACUUACAUGUAACAAUACUAAUAGCAAAGAAACCUUGAAUUCUAUGUUUUUGAUUGCAACAAAUGUUUUAGACAUUGACAUUCAACGUCGUCGUUGCGAAAUGGAAUACAACAUUAUAUUUCUCCUAUUAAAUAUAAAUUCUAGAGAAUGUACACUUGGAGUUGUUAUAGUUGGUUACUUUUCAAGUUUUAAUAUUUGAGACAAUUUUGCAAUUCAUUGCAAAAUUAAUCAAAUAUUAAUAAAACUUUGAAAAUUCCUUUAAAGUGUUAUUUUUACACUCACUUCUCGUGCGUGAGGAAAUAAUAAAUUUUGCUUCUUUAUCUCACAUAAUAUUAUUUAAUGUAUAUUAUAAUUCCGUCUAAUAUAUUUUUACAAUAUAUUAGAUAGAAUACUGAAUAUGACAUUAAAGAAUAUUAUAAAAGUAAAUUCAUUUAUUUUUAUUUAGCCUUAAUUUAGAUUUUUUGUACCGGAGGUACGGUACAAAGUUGACGGUAAAGGCAAACUGGCAUGGUGCGUCGCCUUUACGGGAGAAUCUGGAGACACGUCUGACUCGCCCUGUGUCUCCCGCUCGACUAACUCUCGCUCUUGAAACCUCAACCGUACCGCGCUUGCGCGGAACGGGUGGGGGCAACUCACGCGCUGAUUGGCUCUUGCCAAGGUGGAAGGGAUUUCGCGGAUGCGACUCAGCAGAGGAGCAUAAAUACCGCGCAUUUUCCCUGACUCACGCUCUUACCUCGCCAGACUUCGACGGAACAACACGUCUCUCAAGCCGAGAGACACCGACGCCUGCGCGGCGUCGCUGACGCCUGCCAACUGUCACUCUGCCGAGUGACGCUCUCAGCCGCUGCCACGCCGCCACUUCAACAACGACGCCUCGCCUGCCACCUCGUCGCCUACAUACCGUCAACUGCCUGCCGUCCUCUUCAGGGAAAAAUAUUUGAAUAAAUAUUUUAUUUUGGAAUUUGGAAACGCCGUCUCUUCUCUAUUCCGCUGGCUGCGGAACCUCACCAUAUUUACCAACCUGUCCUUUUCAGGACAAAUAACGCAAACAAAUUUCACAUUGACAAUUAGUCCUUUUAAGGAUAAAUUGUCAAUUAUUUUACGAAAGAAUAUUUUGGGUUCGAAAACAUUCCACACAAGGCAGAGGAGUAACUCUGGUGUCUUAAGGCCUCGUGACCUUCUGCACCACCCUGAGGGUUAACGUUUUUUCCGUGACAACUUAAGGCCCACACUCGGGACCUUCUGGGUCCGGGGGAACGUAGCCCUUGAGGUAACGGAGCUUCUUCUCUCGCACUAUCAAGCAGUGACAACCGGCUCCAGGGGACAGUACUUCGAACCUUGCUUAGGUUCAAGUACCCGACACCUGGAGUAGAACGGGUCCUCGUCUCUCAGAACCCUGCUUGGGUUCGAGGUCGACGUCACCGAUCGGCUCUGUCAACUACUGCCGCUAAGGUCAUUAAUAUUAUUUUUUGUGCUUUUCUCGCACCUUUGAGCCAGUCACUACUCCUCUACACAGUGACCGGUAUCAGAGUGAAAAAAUUAAAAGAUUACUUUCUUACGAAUUUUGAAAGAUUUGGGAUUACAGAUUCUCUUGAUUUUGAUGUGUUUGAAGAAAAAAGCAUUUUUAGAAGUUUAACUAUACAGGAGCAAUUAGAAUUUCUUGUCAUAAAACCUCUUAUUGAUGAUGAAGAUCAUGUUAAUAAUACGUGUUCAAAAUCUCUAAGUAUUUUAGAAAAUGAUUAUGUAUCAAUAAACCAGAAGUUAAUUAAAUUUGUUAACUUCUUAAAACCUGAGAUUACCAUUAGAAAUGAAGAAUGUCUUAAAAAUAUACAAACAAAUGAAAUAUCUUUCAUAUCAGAUUUGUACUUCUUGCCGGAUUGGUUCAUUUUAUCAAGUAAAAAUAUUUCAGUAAAUGAAUUUACAAACGAAGAAUUGAACAGUGAAUUAAUCGAAAGUAUUUGUUACAAUAAUGAAGAGAAUAUUAAAAUUUUUGAAUUCAUUUGUUUCAUUAAAGAUAUUUUUGUCAAUAAAUCAACAUUGCUGUAUUUACAACAAAUUGUACGUUACUAUUUAGAACAGCAAGAAAGUUGGUUUUCCAAUUCAAAUGUAUGCUUUGAAAAUGAUAUGAAUACUAACGAAACUCAAGUAUCAAAUGAAUACAAUAUUUCUAAGAAUAAUUACAAUGUUGAAUCCAAAUUGAAGACAUUUUUUACUGCAAAAAAAGAAGUCAUUGAUGGAAAAAAGAUAAUGCACUUCCCGACUUCAACUGAAAAAACAGUGUCUUUUUGCACUCUUAUGAAAUUACUUGCAAUAACAAGGAUUUUAUUUCAAUCAUCAACAAAUCUAAAAAUUGAGAAACUAUUUCUUAUAAUAGCAGAUGAUACAAAUGACGGCAGAGAAUUAGCUCAGUUAUUAAGCUAUGGAGAAAGAGUUAAUUUAGCAGAACCAUUUCUGUAUGCUAAAACAUUUGAAUUAUACGAAUUGUUUAUGAAAAACCAUUACUUGUAUUACAAUCAGCUAAUCAAAACACACAUUUUAGUCUAUCCUAGAAAUGCACCAAAUCCAUUGUUAGCAACAUAUUUGACAAAAGCGAUUAUAAGAUCAUCAGAAAAAAUAAAAAUUGCACUGACAUGUAAAAAAGAAAUUAACAAAGUCGUUUUGAAUUCUUUGUUUCUGACUGCAUCAGAAAUAUUAGAAUUUGACUUAGACAGGAACUAUCUUCAAAUUCAAAAAUCAAUUAUCAUUAUGCCAUCAAACACUGAAGACGGUUUUACUUCAUUUGGAAAAAUAAAAGAGGAAAUCAAUAAAUACAUUUUUGAAAAAUUUGUAAGAUAUAAAAGUAUAAAUUUAUUUUCAUGGUUCAAUAAUGCUAGUAACUUGAAGAAUUUGCAUUUUAAAGAGCAGUUGGAGUAUCUUGUAUUAGGUUUUGUUAAUACAAAUUUCUUCUCUAAAUUGCCAAAUAUAUAUUCUGAAGAAAAUGUACUCAAUGAUGAUUUUGUUCCAACAAAAUGGAACAUAAUUAAAAUUAGAGAAUUAUUAUUCAUAAAUAUGUCAAUCGUAAAAUGUAUAAUUUAUUCAAACAGUCAACAACGUAAAUUGAAGCGAAAUAUUUUAGCAACAGAUAUAAAAUCUUUAAAGGGUCUAUUAUCUUUUCCAAAUUGGAUAAACAAUUUAGAGCAAGAAUCGCAAGAGACGUAGGGGAAUGUAGUCAAGGUUGGUCUACUGUCUAGGUAGGCCAUCGCGAUUUUUUGGACAAGUUCACUAGCGCCACCUACGCGCAUGCUUGUCGAAGCUUGUCUUAGUGUAACCUAACU